CGCCAUUGCUGGAAGCUUUCCCGCCCUGCUACGGGAGCGCCCUGUCCUCAGGCGGCCGCCAGUUAUGUCUUUGCAGGACUCUACUCUUUCCAGAGAGGGGAGCCCAGAAGAAGAGAUUAUGGCUGCUGUGGUUUUUUCACGUGGGCCUCUGGGUCCUGAAGUUUCCCUGCCAGAUGAAGAUCUUCACCUCCAGGCAGAAGAACCAGAAUUGGUAAAGGAAUCAGUGACAUUUAAAGAUGUGGCUAUAGACUUCACAUUGGAAGAGUGGAGGUUGAUGGACCCUACACAAAGGAACCUGCACAAGGAUGUGAUGCUAGAGAAUUAUAGGAAUCUUGUCUCCUUGGGACUUGCAGUUUCCAAACCAGACAUGAUAUCUCAUUUGGAGGAUGGAAAAGGACCAUGGGUGGUAGUGAGAGAAAUUUCAAUUUCAGAGUUGGAGACCAAACCUACAACCAAGAAUGUUAUACCAACAAAGGAUAUUUCAGAAGAACGUUUAUCACCGGAGACCAUAGUAGAGAAACUCACAGAGAAUGGCCUAUGGGACACCAGAAUGGGAGGAUUAUGGAAAUGGAGUAACAGGAUAUUGAGAUCGCAGGAUAGUCAAGAGAGUCAUUUGAGUCAAAGAAUAGUUAAACACAAGAAAAUUCCUUCUAUUCAGAAGAGCUUUAGAUUUGGAUCUGUUCUUUUUCCAGAACCAGGAGUUAUCACAGAAGACCCCCACAGCAGAUACCAAACGCAUAAGGAAAACUUCAUAGAGAGUUUAGAUUUGAUUACAGAUACCCAUCUGGGGAAGAAAAUUUGCAAGGAUACAGUAGGCAACAAAGUCAUAAGCCUUGCUUCAGAAGUUACUUUAGGGAAAAAAAACAAUAAUAAAGAAAAACCCUAUAAAUGUAGUACAUGUGAAAAGGCCUUCCGUUACAGGUCACUACUCAUUCAACAUCAGAGAACUCACACUAAAGAAAAACCUUAUGAAUGUAAUGAAUGUGGGAAAAUGUUCAGCCAGCCUUCAUAUCUUAGUCAACAUAAAAAAAUUCACACUGGAGAAAAGCCCUAUAAAUGUAAUGAAUGUGGAAAGGCCUUCAUUGCUUCUUCAUCCCUUAUGGUGCAUCAGAGAAUUCACACUAAGGAGAAACCUUAUCAAUGCAACGUCUGUGGAAAAUCUUUUAGCCAGUGUGCCCGCCUUAAUCAACACCAGAGAAUUCAAACUGGAGAAAAGCCCUAUAAAUGUAGUGAAUGUGGGAAAGCUUUUAGUGAUAAAUCAAAGCUUGCGCGACAUCAGGAAACUCACAAUGGAGAGAAACCCUACAAAUGUAAUGAUUGUGGGAAAGCCUUUAGGAAUAAGUCGUAUCUUAGUGUACAUCAGAAGACCCAUACUGAGGAGAAACCAUAUAAAUGCAUUGAGUGUGGGAAAUCUUUCAAGAAUACCACAAUCUUUAAUGUUCAUCAGAGAAUUCAUACUGGAGAGAAACCCUUUAUAUGUAAUGAAUGUGGAAAAGCUUAUAGAAGUAAUUCAAGCCUUAUUGUACACAUAAGAACUCAUACUGGGGAAAAGCCCUACGAAUGUAAUGAAUGUGGGAAAGCAUUCAAUCGUAUAGCAAAUUUCACAGAACAUCAGAGGAUUCAUACAGGAGAAAAACCCUAUAAAUGUAAUGAAUGUGGGAAAGCAUUCAUUAAUUACUCAUGCCUUACUGUACACCACAGAAUGCAUACAGGAGAGAAACCUUAUAAAUGUAGUGAAUGUGGAAAGGCCUUCAUGCGUUCUUCAUCUCUAAUUAUACAUCAGAGAAUUCAUACUGAGGAGAAACCUUAUCUCUGUAGUGAAUGUGGGGAAUCUUUCAGAAUAAAAUCACACUUAACUGUGCAUCAGAGGAUUCAUACUGGAGAGAAACCAUAUAAAUGCACUGACUGCGAGAGGGCAUUUACUAAAAUGGUAAAUCUCAAGGAGCACCAGAAAAUUCAUACUGGUGUGAAACCCUACAACUGCUAUGAUUGUGGAAAAUCCUUCAGAACUAAGUCAUACCUUAUUGUACAUCAAAGGACCCAUACUGGAGAAAAACCAUAUAAGUGUAAUGAAUGUGAAAAAGCUUUCACUAAUACAUCACAGCUUACUGUGCAUCAAAGAAGGCAUACUGGAGAAAAACCCUAUAAAUGUAAUGAGUGUGGGAAGGUUUUCACAAGUAACUCAGGCUUUAAUACCCACCAAAGGACACAUACUGGGGAGAAACCAUUUAAAUGUAGUGACUGUGGCAAAGCAUUUAGCCAGAUGGUACAUGUCACAGAACAUCAGAAAAUCCAUAGUGGAGAGAAACCCUAUAAAUGUGAUGUCUGUGGAAAAGCCUUCAGGAGAGGUUCAUACCUUACAGUGCACUGGAGAACACAUACUGGAGAAAAACCUUAUACAUGUAAGGAAUGUGGGAAAGGUUGCAUUACUCUGUCACAGCUAACUCUACAUCAGAGAAUUCAUACUGGGGAGAGGCCCUAUAGAUGUGAGGAAUGUGGAAAAGCCUUCAGAACUAACUCAGACUUUACUGUACAUCUGAGGAUGCAUACCGGAGAAAAACCCUAUAAAUGUAGUGAAUGUGGGAAAGCCUUUAGGAGUAGCUCAAGCCUUACUGUACAUCAAAGAAUACAUCAGAGAGAAACUCAAUUAAUAUAGAAAACUGAAUUAUCACCCAGAUGUGACAAGAAUCUUAUAAACCGUAUAUUUUAUGAAUGUGGGAAAAUGUUCAGGAGCAAUUUGCCAGAAAGUACACACUGAAGAGACACUUUAUAAGAAUGUGGAAAAGCAAUUGGUCAUAUUAAAUCUUAGAAUUUAUAAGAAAAUUCAUAAUAAAAAGAGCAAAUGAAAGCCUUCAUCCAAAUUUCAUAUUUUAUUCAUUUAACAAAUUAUCUUCAAUGG